AUAGAAGGUGUCGGCAAUAAAACAUAAAGAUAUUUUUCUAGUUUGCGGGAUAAAAUUGCAGAGCUGUGUGAGUGAAAUUUGGAGAUCCAUACGAUGAUGAAGAAGACAUAUUCCCCGAUUUCUAGUAAUGGGUACGAUUCUUCAAAUUCAACACCAAAACAAGAAGAUGAAGCUGGAGUUGAAUGGGAAAUGAGACCCGGAGGAAUGCUGGUUCAGAAAAGAGGCUCAUCCAAAUCUGAUACUCAAUCCACAUUGACUCAUUUAAAUCUCCGGAUUGCUUAUGGAUCAAUGCGUUAUGAGAUGUCCAUUGCUCCUCAGUCGACUUUCGGGGAAUUAAAGAAGCUUCUUGCAGCUGAGACAGGAUUACAACCAGCGGAACAGUUGCUUACGUUUAAGGGAAAAGACAGGGGGAAUGGAGAAUUCUUGGAUAGGUCUGGUGUGAAAAUCAAAUCCAAGAUUAUUUUAGUGGAAGAUCCAUCUAGCAAAGAGAGGAGAUUCAUUGAGAUGCGCAAGAAUGCAAAGCUUCAAAGCGCUCACAGAGCGAUAUCCGACAUAUCCAUGGAGGUUGAGAAAUUGGUGGCUGAGGUUUCUGCCAUUGAGAAGUCGGUCUCAAAUGGUAUUAAAGUAGCCGAGGUACAAAUCACAACUCUCACUGAAAUGCUAAUGAGGCAAGCAACCAAGUUGGAUAGCAUUGCCACCGAAGGAGACACAUCAACUCACAAAAAUUUGCAGAGCAAGAGGGUGCAAAAGUGUGUUGAGACCUUAGAUGUGCUGAAGGUGUCAAAUGCUGGAGUAAAGCCUGCCGUCGUCAGAUCGAAGUGGGAGGCCAUGGAGGCUGCUCAAAGUAGACCACAGUGGGAAUAUUUUGAUUGAUCCAGUUUUCGGGUGCUGUUCAUUUUCGUUAUUUAUUCAUCUUGAUAUAUGGUAUGUAUAUGAGUAGCUAACUUGAUAAAAAAAAAAAAAAAAAAACCAAAACCAAAACCGUAAGUAGUUUGUUUUAUUUGGUUCCAAUAAUACGAGAUACCCACAAAUGGGCGUAAUUAAGCAA